UAAAAAUAGCCUUAAAAGACUGUGAUCUAUGUCAAAAAAUAAUAAAAUAAAUAAUUUUAAAUUUAAAACAAGGUGGAUUGCGUUCUGCUGGUUAUUUAUUUAUUGUUUUUGUAGUGUAAAAGUUGUUUCACUCUCAAAAAAGUUUGUGUCCGGGCUUAACACCGUCUUUGCUCUGCGGGUAAAAGUACAAAAUUACGUUGCGAAGUGAGCUACGACUGCUACAGCUAGUACUAAGUGCGAGGAGGUUGGUGCUAGCACAUUUCCAACUAUUCAGUUGUCGGCGUUACGCUACAACGGUGGUCAGUGCAAACAGGUGCGCGACUUAGCAAUUUGCGGCCACUACUACUCGAAACCCAUAAAUUAUCACUUAAACGAGCUCCUGUUUCAGGAAGUUGGCAUGCAUCAGCAGCGGGGUUUGCUGAAUGGUGGCUCUUACAUGUGCCUCGGUGAAGUAUACCGAGGUACCACAGUGCCCAACAAAAAGAGUAAUGUUAAGAAAAUUCUUCGCCUUGGAGGGGCAGCUAAGAAGAAAUUAGACCCCUAUUUUGAUGAUUGUGUAUCAGAUAUGACUGAGGUGUUGACGGAAAAUACCUUUGAAGAUCCAGAAAAGCCGUCACCGAAAAUGCCUAUGAGUGCUGAAGAGACCGCCCUUCUCGGCAUGGAUGACAUCGAGCUGAAGAAUAUCCAACUGCAGUUCCCAAGCGCUCGUCGGUUCAGCGGCGAGGGGGGAUGCGUCGAGGUGCGCGUGCGCACCGACCGCGGCGACAUCGUCGUUGCGGUACAAGGCCACCGCUCCAAGCCAGCGAUCAUUACGUACCACGAUCUUGGACUGAACUACGUUUGCUUCCAACCGUUCUUCAACUUUGUGGACAUGAGGGCACUCUUGGAAAACUUCUGUGUAUACCACGUGAAUGCGCCGGGACAAGAGGACGGGGCUCCAAGCCUACCUGAAGACUACCUGUACCCAACAAUGGAUGAAUUGGCUAACCAGCUCAACUACGUGCUUGGUCACUUCGGGAUCAAGACGUUCAUCGGAUUUGGAGUCGGUGCUGGCGCCAACAUCCUCGCUCGAUUCGCUCUCGUGCACCCACAGAAGGCAAAAAGCGGUGCAAAGAACUUCCAUCAACAUAUUAUGAAGCUCUCGCUCAGUAAUUGGAUUGAGAAGCUGAUAAAGGACGCGGUGGAUGCGCUGGCCCUUAUCAACUGCACGUCGAGUCAGGCCGGAUGGAUUGAAUGGGCCUAUCAGAAAAUGAACUCCCGUUCGCUGAAGAACCGCGGCAUGACGCAAGGCGUUCUCGACUACCUCAUGUGGCACCAUUUUGGACGGUUCCCGGAGGAGCGCAACCACGAUCUGACGCAGAUGUACCGCAUGUACUUCACUCGGAACGUGAACCCAACGAACUUGUCGCUGUUGAUCGACGCGUACGUGCGGCGCACUGACCUCGGCAUCGCGCGGGAGACCGACACUAUCAAGGUGCCGGUGCUGAACAUCACCGGCGCGCUCUCUCCGCAUGUCGACGACACCGUCACCUUCAACGGACGCCUCAAUCCCAACAACUCGACGUGGAUGAAGAUUUCGGAUUCAGCCAUGGUGCUGGAGGAGCAGCCAGCUAAGAUAUCCGAGGCCUUCCGCCUGUUCUUGCAGGGCGAGGGCUACGUGGCGCCCCUGUCGCCCACCAAGAUCACGGCGUACCGGCGACUGUCGGACGCCGGCCGCCGCCGCCCGUGCCGUCACUCGCCCGUCAUCCGCAUCACCGAGAACCCCAUCUCGGAGGCGGUGGUCUGCUAAACUAACUCCCUUCCGCUAAAGCUCGCUGAUUGAUACCCCACGAGUGAUAACUUAUUCAAAACUUUGCUGCAAUGUCAUCGCGACACCAGCCAUGUAUCUAAUAUUACUGUCCGUAAUAGUUGAUAAUGUGCAGAAGCACUCGGUACCUCGUGGGGCCGCUCGCGCGAGCUGGCCGGGAUACACGAACAUCUAGCUAAGUUCCUCACAUCUUGUGAGUCGCACUGUUGAAGUUAUAUCAUUUAUCAUUUAAGAAGAAUUUUAUUAGAACCCACUGAUAUAUUACAUUAUUAUAUGUACCACUAUAUAGCGUUAUAUCAUUCGGUUAGGCUAACUUCACACGUAUGUAUCUAUCCAUAUUUGUUUACGCGACUGUGUAAGGGAGUUAGUUAGCGUGGAUAUUUUGUAAUUUAGUAAUAAAUUGAACAUGAGGGGCUGCUGUGAAAGCGGCGUCAGGCCGGCGUGUCGUCGCGCGCCACCAGUUUGCAUAAACCGACAUGGGACUCGUCAUUGUGCCGAAAUAAAGACUAAUAUUAAUGUAACAGCACGUUACGCAAUGUAACAGUACGUUACACGGGUAGCCAGGCACGUCCACGUUGAUUUGUAUUACGAUAGCUGGUAAUGAUUAUGUUGGAGCCCAUGUCGGGUGGCGCGCGCAGACUCGGGCCGGGAGUGGCGCCGCGCGCGCUAACACGGCGCUGGGUGCUAUGCUAAGACCAAGAUAGAUUUUGAAGUUGAUCAUUUGAUGACAGUCGUUAUAGAAAAAAGGAUCGUUUUGUUACUUUUUUAUAUUUGUUAUAUUUUGCCUUUGUUUGUUAUACUUACUUAAAUCAAACAAUUUUAUUAUAAGACGUUUUAUUUUGUUUGUUGAUUUUUUGCGUAUUGAUUAUAUUAAUUUAUAUUAUUAUCAGUAUUACAAUUUGUACCAAUAAGUUUUAAUUAUUUAUUUUAAGGUAAGACAUGCCUAAAUUAAGUAUUUAUCACCGCUUUUAGUAGUUGAAUUAAAUAAUAUUAGAGAACAAUAAAUGUUAAACGUGCAACAGCUUAUUACGAAAUUUUCAUUUAUUAUAAAUAUUAUUAAGUUAAAGAAUAUAAAAUGUGUAAUUUUACAAGUAUAUUAGAAAAACAAUGUGCGUAGGUUAAAAUUUAAAAGGAAGGGGCGUGAGGUGAUUGUAAUAAAGUGAAGAUUUGGCAUGCGCGUAUCAUACUCUUCGAAUUUAUCGUGUAUGUAGCUGAGUUACAGGCCGGUGGAUAUUUUACUAAUCUUUUUGGCCGGCUACUUGUAGUGGUUGAUUGUCUGGAAGCUGAGAGCGCUCGGGGCUCGGGAGUGACACCAGCCGGUUGUCUUAGCGAAAUGAUGAAGGACGGCCACACAUACAUACUUAGAUUGUUCAGAACAAUGUUUACGAUGUUGAAAGGUUUCUCUUAAUAAUUAGAAUCUUGAAUCAGUAGCGGAAUCUCAGUAGAUCUGUUCUCCCCACCUCCGCGGUAUGGCGCGGCACACUAGAGGCACGCACGGCAGGGACACGCGCCAUACGCUCACACUCGAGGUCGCCUCUAAGCUUUGUAGACGUACAAUCGAUUAAUAUUUAGUUUAUAGAAUUCCACAUUUUACCCUUUCGUUCAAGUGUAGAUGUUACAUUUAGAUAUUUUUUGUUCACUGAUAUUUGUGUGAAUUUAAUGGGUCUAUUAAAAGUGAUUUUAUAAAGA